CAGAAGCCUUGUCAGAUUACAAACUGACAGAUAAAAUGAUCAACAAUCUGGAUUAAUCACCAUCAUAACUAGUUAGUAAACAACCGUAGGGUAUGGGACAUAACACCAAAACAUCCAAUUCUUUAUUCGGAACACGUUGCAAUGGCAACGAAUGUUUUAUUAUCUGAAUGCCAAAAGACAUGUCACUGUCGAUUAAGCCCCAGCAAGCCAGCACCCUCAAGCUUUUGUGGUAGCGGUUCAAGAUCCUCGUCGCCGACGCCCGAAAGGGCGGUCUCCCUUCCCAACCUAGACAAAUCUAUACCAAUAUUAAAACCUGAAAUAGUAAUAGAGGAACGAAGAUGGUGCCCAUACCCUAUGAUCAUUCGACAUUACAUAGAAAAACCAAAGUCAUCAGAAAAGUUUAUGGCAUUAAAAAAAUGGUAUAAAUGUAAUCAGGAAAAAAGAAAAAAGAAAGCCGAACAGAAAAAGGAUAUGCAAAGAGUACUCGCAGAAAAAGAGCGGAUAGAAAGAGAGCGUUGCUUAAAAGAAUUACGAAGAUUGCAUUCCCAUCAUCAAUCUCUCUGCUGCAGAUCACAAUCAUUGCCAACCUUCAGCAAAUCAUCCAAACCAGCAAAAUCAUGCAAAAUAAGUUAUAAAACUCGCGCAACCACUGCAAAGGACAACAGGUGCAAAAUCAAAAAACUGAAGAAAAGAAGAAAAGAUGAAUGUAGAAGAAGAUCUUCCCCGUUCGGCUGCAUCAAGUUCUGUUGCAAUGUUAUUUGUUGCUGCACUCUACUGACUAUAGUAGCUUUGGCCAUUAUCGUAUUUGUACUUUAACACGGUCAAUGCGAACUGCUCUAUCGACACAAUCUUAGUCGCAUUGAACGUGUUAAAAAUAUACAACUUGAAUACAAAACUUUAAAUUCAAACGUUAACCAAUACUGUGAUUUUACUUGUUAAGUUUAAACAAGAUUUAUAAACAAAACAUAUCCAAAUUUACCUCUGUAAGUUAAGGAUUGAUAUUUAAAUACAUGUUUACCACUGAA